AUGUUCUUUCCUGAUUGGCGCUCUUCAAGUAUUGCUUGUGCUAUAUUUUCAAUGCCUGCAUUAGUUAUUAUAAUAUUUUUAAUGCCCGAAAGUCCAACAUGGCUUCAUAGUAAGGGUCGUCUUGAACAAAUGCGAAUAAAUGAAAGAAAAAUUGCUCGGUUGGCAGGUCUUCAACCGACAAUUAAAUUACCUGAACAUGAAAAAUUAUUGCCAAACGAAAAUUCUUUUUGGAAUUUAAUCAGGGAUAAAACUCUAUUGAGACGUGUUUCGGUUCUUUGGGUUAUGUGGCAAGUGAAAUGAAUUAUCUGACUAGUGUUAAUUUUUUUAAGGUUUACAGCAGCAAUUUCCGGAUAUUCUAUAGAUUUAAAUAGUUCAAAUAUUAGUGGUGAUCUUUUUCUUAAUCAAGUAAUGUCAUAUUUUAGCAAGUUUAUUUUCUUUUGGAGUGGUUGGUUUUAGGUCCAAACCGAGACCGAAAAACCGAACCGAAAAAUUCUCGGUUCUUCGAUUCGGUUGCGGAUAUUAAGAAUUUUUAAAAAUAGUUCGUUGACCGGUUAUAUGUAUUUAAACGGUCCACGAUUUUUGGUUGUGUACAUGUUGACAGGCGUUCGUUUAAUAUUCCAAUGCUUUUUUGGUUUCGUUGGUGGUGAGACAUUUGAGGACGGACUUUUGAGGACGGACAUAUGAGGACGGACAUAUGAGGACGGACAUCUGAGGACGGACAUAUG